CCCAUAAAUAGGGGUCUCCCCGGUGGCCUCCGCGCCUCCUGCCCGCCUCUCUGCCUGCGCUGCCUGCUCGGCUCUGGGAGAAUGGCCGCUCUGAACACGCUGUGGACAGGGCUGGCCCUGCUGGGGAUGCUGGCGGUCCUGCAGAUUCCAACCCAGGCCCAGGCCGCCCUGCAGCCCAACUUCCAAGAGGACAAGUUCCUGGGGCUCUGGUUCACCUCGGGCCUCGCCUCCAACUCGAGCUGGUUCCUGGAGAAGAAGAAGGCGCUGUCCAUGUGCAAGUCGGUGGUGGCCCCCGCGGCGGACGGCGGCCUCAACCUCACCUCUACCUUCCUCAGGUGGGCGGCGGACGGCGGCCUCAACCUCACCUCUACCUUCCUCAGGAAAGACCAGUGUGAGACCCGGACUCUGCUGCUGCGUCCUGCAGGCCCCCCAGGCUGCUACAGCUAUACCAGUCCCCACUGGAGCAGCAAUCACGAGGUGUCGGUGGUGGAGACAGACUACGAGGCCUACGCCCUGCUCUACACCCAGAGCUUCCGCGGCCCGGGCCAGGACUUCUGCAUGGCCACGCUCUACAGCCGCACCCAGGCCCCCAAAGCUGAGAUCAAGGAGAAAUUCGCCACCUUCGCCAAGGCCCAGGGCUUCACAGAGGAUGGCAUUGUCUUCCUGCCACAGACUGACAAGUGCAUGGAGGAGAACACGUAGGUGACCCCAGCCCUCAGGACCUGGCCAUGCUGCCCUGCUCGGCCUUUUCCUUCAACACCCCAAGACCCCAGCCCUGGCUCCUGCGCCACCGGCCCUGCCCCCUCGGGCUUUAUCCCAGCUCUGAGAAUAAACUCCGGAAGCACGUCA